UUCACUAUAAAUAUGACUUCUCUGCAUGCACAAGUUCACACCAAACAACAGUACCAUUCUUCUCUGCAUGAGAAUGGUGACAACUAAAAUGGUACUGUCACUGCUUUUCUUGAUGCUUAAUUUGCAAUUUCUAGCUCAUGGGCAGAUAGAUUUCUCCCCGGAGUCGAUGGACCUCGACACCGGUGGCCUUAGCAGACAGAGCUUCCCUACACACUUUAUUUAUGGGACAGCCACUUCAGCUUAUCAAGUUGAAGGAGCUGCUCAUUUAGAUGGACGUGCAGAUAGCAUUUGGGAUACCUUUGUUAGACAACCUGGAAUGGAGCCGGAUAAUGCUACUGGAGAAGUUGGUGUAGAUCAGUACCACAGAUACAUAGAAGAUGUUGAUCUGAUGGCCAAGCUGAACUUUGAUGCCUAUAGAUUUUCGAUCUCAUGGUCAAGGAUUUUUCCAAAUGGAACUGGUAUGGUUAACUGGAAGGGAGUUGCGUAUUACAACAGAUUGAUAGAUUACAUGCUUCAGAAAGGUAUUACACCUUUUGUUAAUCUUAAUCACUAUGAUAUCCCUCAAGCACUUCAAGAUAGAUAUAAUGGAUUUUUAAGCCGCGAAAUUGUGAAAGAUUUUGCUGAUUAUGCAGAAUUCUGUUUCCAGAUGUAUGGAGACAGGGUUAAAAAUUGGUUUACAUUUAAUGAACCUAGAGUGGUUACUGUUAAAGGAUAUGAUGAAGGUACUUAUCCACCAGGAAGAUGCUCUAAACCAUAUGGCGUUGAUGUAACAAACAAGUGCCUGGUAGGGAAUUCUGGGACGGAGCCUUACAUUGUGGCUCAUAAUACAAUUUUGGCUCAUGCUUCUGCAGUUCAAAGAUAUCGUAAGAAUUACCAAAAGUCACAGGAAGGGAGGAUUGGAAUUGUGUUGGAUUUCAUUUGGUAUGAACCUCUUACACGAGGAUUAAGUGAUGAAUAUGCAGCUCAAAGAGCACGAGACUUUCAUCUUGGAUGGUUUCUUCAUCCUAUGGUAUAUGGAGAGUACCCGAAAACCAUGCAGAAUGUAGCUAAAGAUAGACUACCAAAGUUCAAUGAGGAAGAGGCCAAGAUGGUCAAAGGUUCUCUAGAUUUGCUGGGGAUAAACCAGUACACAGCUAACUACAUCCAACACAGGGUAGUCAAUGAUUCGAUGCCACCUGAAUAUCUGAAUGACAUGCAAGUUCGGUUUGUUUAUGAGAAGAAUGGGGCUUCUAUUGGUCAGAAGGCACAUUCAGAUUGGCUCUAUGAAGUACCAUGGGGUCUGUACAAAUCAAUAAUGUAUAUUAAAGAACGAUACGGAAAUCCUACUAUUGUUUUGACUGAGAAUGGCAUGGAUCAACCUGGUAAUGUGACCAUUCCAGACGGUCUUAAAGAUACAGGGAGAAUGAACUACUACAGAUCAUACAUACAACAGCUGAAGAAGACAAUUGAUGAUGGUGCAAAUGUAAUUGGGUAUUUUGCCUGGUCAUUGCUCGAUAACUUUGAAUGGAGAUUAGGUUACUCUUCAAGGUUUGGCAUAACCUUUGUUGACUUCGAAACCCUUGUGAGGAUUCCUAAAAUGUCAGCAUAUUGGUUCCAGAAAAUGCUCCAGAGAGAGCAGUAAAUUGCAGUAAACUCUUAAUCUGGUUGAUAAGGAAUUAAGGACUAUAUAGCUUAAAGUAUGUGUACAGCAAUAAAAGCCUCAGACAUUAUUGUCUUGGGUUGAAAUGUAUCCUCUUACUGUGUUUUAUAAUAAUAAUUUAUAUGUUUAUAUAAUCAACAGUCCACACACAAACACU